CAUCGUUGGGGUCACUUGUGUGUUUCCCAUUGAUUUAGCCAAGACCAGACUCCAGAACCAAAGACAAGGCCAGCAAGUCUACAAGAACAUGAUUGACUGUCUCAUCAAAACGGUACGAUCUGAGGGAUACUUUGGCAUGUAUAGAGACAUGGGUCCCCGCUGGGAUAGUGAAGGCUAGCCGAUAAGGCGCAGCCACGCUGGAGGCAAAUCAUUUAUCCUGGUUCUUACCCACUCUGCUCUAUUACAAUUAGGCACCAAUUGUGUUUAUUUUGUGUUACAUGUAGAUAAUUGUUGAAACAUUUGGAUUUUUAAGCUUGUAUCUUUGUAGUUGGUUGUUAUUUUGUUUUUCCACUUUCUUCACUGUCCUUUGUCUUGUCUUAUUUGGUAAUAACCCAUCUUGCCAUGUUCUGUUAACAUCAAGAAUUAUCUUUGUUGGAUAUCCAUCAUCACUCACUCUAAUUGCUGUUCUUACCUUUUUAAGAUCUGUCUGGUCAUGUGUACAACUACUGUUCUUUGUCUUUAAAGACAGUGGUAUCUUAAUAUGGUCUGAAUCUUUCUGGAAUGUGCCUGCAUUCAUUUCUUUGUCUCAUUCUUCUACUGUAUAUUCUGACAUUUCUAUCCUGUUUCUUGAUAUACCAGUUAAAGUUCAUGCUAAAUCCCCCUCCAUCAUCAGCUCACAGUUCUCAUGAGCUUUGCUUAUAUUGUUACAAUCUGUUAGAGACAUUUUAUUUUAAAAAUCUUUUUGAAUUGUAUUAUUUGAUAAGUUCAUGCUGUAGAUUUCUCUGGUUUGAUGGUGGUGGGGAAUGUGUGUUGUUUACUGAUCUGUGAUCAGUUGUGGUGUGGAUUUCCUUUACCCUCUGAUUUUUGGCUUUUAGGUGCUGCAGUUAAUCUGACAUUGGUCACUCCUGAAAAGGCCAUCAAACUGGCUGCCAAUGACUUCUUUCGGCAUCACCUCGCCAAAGAUAUGAGAGGGCUGUCUGUAUUUAAAGAGAUGUUGGCUGGAUGUGGUGCUGGCAUGUGCCAGGUUAUCAUCACCACUCCGAUGGAGAUGCUGAAAAUUCAGCUCCAGGAUGCUGGGAGACUAGCUGCACAGCAGAGAAAGCCAAGCAUCAUCGCUCCCACUAGACUGGUGGCCACAAACACAAUGUUGAGUCGCUCCUAUAAUGUUGUGCCCAACUCCGCACCCAGGGCUGUAUCUGCUACCCAGAUUGCAAGAGAGCUGCUGCACACUCAAGGCAUUCAAGGGCUCUAUAAAGGCCUUGGUGCAACUCUACUGAGAGACGUACCAUUCUCAAUUGUCUACUUCCCUCUCUUUGCAAAUUUGAACAAAAUGGGUAAGCCCUCCCCCGACGGUGCGGCGCCAUUUUAUUGGUCGUUCCUGUCUGGCUGUUUGGCGGGUUCCACAGCUGCUGUGGCCGUUAACCCAUGUGAUGUGGUUAAAACCAGACUGCAGUCUCUGAACAAAGGCGCCAAUGAGGACAGCUACAAAGGCAUAAUUGACUGUUUCAGCAAAAUCAUGAAGCGAGAAGGGCCGUCUGCUUUCCUAAAGGGGGCGAGCUGCAGGGCUCUAGUCAUCGCACCGCUGUUCGGCAUUGUUCAGGUCAUGUACUUUAUCGGGGUUGGAGAGUUUAUCAUGAGCCAGUCCCCCCUAAAACUAAUCUCUGACUGAACACACUCUAGUACCUCUUAAAGAGUCUACCAAGACUUUGGCAGCUACACAACCAACUGUACACUUACAACAAAGAUAAACAUUAAUCAAGAUUGUAGAGUUGCUGUGAGAAGGGCAACUUUAAACUGGUUAUGAGUUUUUCCAGCCUUACCACACUUCCUCUAUGGUUUACAGGCUUAUUUGAUGGGCUGUGUAUUGCCAGAAUUUGCACUUGUUGGUAAGGAUAUGUCUGGACAAGGGCGCUUAAGAUGUGCUUGUGUUUUCUAGAAGCAUAUGUGAAAGUGUUCCCUCAAUGAGGGAGACUGGUGUCGUUGUAAUGACACUAAAUUCAACAAUUAUAGUUUUUGUUGACUUAUUUUCAUCAAUCCACUUUCAACAACCCUCUUUUUGUAACAAUAUGUGUGUUUUGUUCCCAUGUACAUUGUCACUGAGAAGACUUCUGAUGUUUUAACAAUUGGAUGCUUGGAAAGCUUUUUGAAGCCUUCAGACUUGAAUUGCUUAGUUUUUGGGAAAUGUCAUAAAGGUCAUUAACUUUCAUUUCACUGCAUUUCAUUCCACCAAACAACCUGCAUCUGUUUCUGUUCUUGAGAUGUAUGUUUUUUUUGGGGGGGGGAAUCUACAAAAAGGCUCCAUGGCCUAAAAUGCGGGAACCAGAAUUACCUUGACGACUAUCCGAAACAAAUAUUUGAUGCAUAUCAUUUAUGCAAUUAUGUUACACUGACAACAUGUAUCUUUUUUUAGAUGGACCAGCACAUGUGCUAUUGUUGUUCAGUUGUUUUGCUCUCUGGGAUUUUUAAUCCCAAAGCAUAGGUCAUGUUUUUUUGCCUUAAAUUAACAUGGUGAAUAAAACUGCACAGUGGUUGGAGGGACUUAAAAGCUGGAUAUUUAAAUGCUAUAUUGUUUUGACUAAACAGUAUUAACAUAACCACAAUAUGUAACUUUUCAAUGGAACAUAAAAUGAAAUACUGUGAUUGAACAUUGCAAAAAUGAAUAAUAAAAAAUAAAUCAAAA